AAACCAUUAAUGCUUGCUUUCAUCACUUUGCACGGACUUUUUGAUUGCGAAUUCCCGAACUGUUGCUCCUGUAAAACUUAGCUUGCAUCCAAGCGCUUCGGAUUCCUUGUUUUUGUUUCCUCCUCCAAACUCCCUCCCAGCGAUGUUCGGCUCGGGGAUCAAGAACUUGAGCGUCAGUGUUGACAGGCUGAAUGAGAAGAACACGUUCUCCAGCGGAGACCAAGUCACAGGACGUAUCUCCUUCGAGAUCACAAAGCAAACGAAGAUCACCUCAAUAACGGUGGCGCUGGCAGGAGUGGCGCAUGUCCACUGGUCCACCGGAGGAGGAGGAGGAAGGAGACGGAGGACAACCAGAAAACACCACUCGGCUAAAAUGGAGUACUUUAAUUACAAGGGGGUGAUUUUGCAGGAAAACGGAGUUCGUGGGACAACCAAGCUGUCCCCCGGCACACAUGUGUAUCCGUUUACAUGUCAACUCCCACAGGGAGAUUUCCCAUCCACUUUCCACGGCACCAGUGGGAGAAUACUAUACACCUUGAAAGUGGACAUCUACAGACCCUGGCAUUUGUCCAAGAACUUUGAGACAGAGUUGAACUUUGUGCAUCACAUCAAUACCAACCUGCCAGACUUGUGGGCUCCCCUCUCAGGCACAAACAGCAUGACGCUGUGCUGCCUGUGCUGUGCCUCGGGUCCUCUCACAAUGACAGCCACUGUAGAGAAGAAGGCCUUCAUCCCUGGUGAAACUGUAAAAAUAAAUUGCAACAUUAGCAAUGGCUCGUUUACAACCGCUACUCCGAAGGCGAGGCUGGAACAGAAACAGACUUUCUAUACCCAGAGAAGGGAACGCCACAUCCAGGCUGUCAAACGCUUUAAAUCAGUGUCUGGAGAGCCUGUCGUCGCUCACACCUCUGUUGUGCAGACUGAGAUAAGGCUCACUCUUCCCUCGUCCGCAUAUCUCACCAUCUCAAAUUGCAGUAUCUUGGAGGUUGAAUACAAAAUCGAGGUGAGCCUUUCUGUGCGAACUUUUCCUGACGUCACUGUACUGGUUCCCAUCAUCCUUUAUGAUGGCUCUGCACACACCAACUCCCUACCUUUAUCGUGAGCAAAUUUCUGAAUUGUAUCGAUUAUUUCUGCUGGGAGAGCCUUACGGGAUUUCCUCUGCCUGGGAUUGACCUCCACCACUAAUAAUUUAAUUUUUUACAGCUCAGUGCAGGUUUUGCCUGGUCUCAUUUUCUUAUCUUUAGCUUUUCAGGUGCAAAAUGUAUUCUUCACAUUGUCAAAUAUUAUCUCAGCUUAUUAUAUUGUUUACUCCUUGAUGUUUUGCAUGUGUCAAGGAGUUUUUAUACCAUUGUAUUGAUUAACACAUAACCCUGUUUUGCUUUAUUAUUGCACCUACAAUAGUGCAAAUGAAUUGUGUGCUAUUAACAGACAGUAACAGUACUUCAGUUGUAUCUUCAUAGUAUCAUUCUGCUCACAGGAAAGCUGUUUGUAGAAAGAUUGUUGAUAUUUAGUUUGUUAGUAUAUUUAAUAUGUACCAGAUUUACUGUCCCCGUAAGCCCCCAUUCCCCCUUUCCUCCCAUCUCACCUCCCCUUCCCUUCCACCUUGUCCUGUCCAUGAGCACAAACUGAAGCAUGCACAGGACAAUCAAUCAGAGCCACUUUGUUUGGUUUCCCUUCACAGAGCCAGGGCUGGGUACACAGAACCAACAGGUAUAGUGAACCAUUUGCUGAAAAUGGCAAAAAAAAAAGUUUGGGAUUAGAAUCACACACUGCACCUUUAAACAUGGUCUUCCCAUGUUUAAAAGUGGGUCUGACAUUUUUUUUUAUUAUCUGUAUAUGCCUAUGAAAAGUGUAGAUUUAACUCAUGCAGAAUGUCAUUACACAUUUGUCAUGACAACUGUGUGUUCAUUGUGUAGAAUGAAAUAGUUAUUGCAUAUUACUGUUUUAAAGACGCACACAAAAGGUUUUUAAUCUAUGUCAGCAUAUCAGUGUAAUGGUAAAAAUAUUGUUUUAAAUGUGUAUACAGUAUACACCAUAGUGUCUUGUUUAUAUGCCAAAGAAUUCUUUUGGAUAUUUAAUAGAAGCCAAAGACAUAACUGCUUUGUGGAAGCUGCCUUAUAACAUCUGACUGCCAGUAGACAAGCUUUCAUUAAGCUUCAGCAGGAUCAUGGUGAUAAAGUAUUCCACGAUCAUGACACAGGCAGCCGGGAGAAGUGGCUGACAGGGUACAUAUCAGUGGAGAUAUAGAACUCCUUGUAAAUCUAAACGCCAGCUUGUUCUGAAUUUACAUGUUAUCAGAUGAGAUGUUGUUUCUGAAUUGACUGAACACCAGUGCAACGCUGGAUUCAUGUUAUACUGGACAUAAAAUAACUAAAUAACUUGUUGUAGAUACAAUCUAGUGUUUACAAUGUGUUCAUUCUGGUACUAUACUGAACAACCACUGAAUUUUUAACCCUCACACUUCCACUAUGAUGCCUGAGAGUAUUCGCCAACUAGUGUAGUUUGAAAGUAUUGGAAGUAAUGUGUGGAAUGAGAGAAGCGGCUGAACACGAUGACGUGCAGCUACAGUCUGCAGAUGUCAGGUCACGUGAACACGCACAAGUUGUAAACAUGGGCAGUCUUUGGCAGAAUGUUGUACUAUGGGUAGGGAUGAAAGAAAUGUUUUGUGAUGUACUUUUUGAUGUUGAAAAUUGUCCAUUGCUUUGAUGAAUUUGAUACGGUCAAUAAUGCAACAUCUGCUGGCCAAACCUUAACAUUGUAUACGAUGACUCAGGGUACAAUGUGAUGUAACAGUGAGGAAAACAUCUCUUUCUAAUGUUUUGAACAAUAAAGGUCAUAUAUGUA